CCCCCUCCUCACCUCUUGCCGGCUCCGUCCCCUCGUGCAGGGCGAAGGAAAGCCGAGUCGCGCGUGCCAGCCAAUCAGGCCGCGCUACCGACAUUGCACAAGGCUAAUUCAGAGCCGAGUGGUUUAACAGCCUUACCCUCUGCAAGUGUCUUGCCCACCAUCCCGCCCCCCUGUGCGGCCUCACAGUCUUGCCUCGCUUGUUGCUGUUUCUCCUCACUUUCCUCCACCAAUUCGACCACUGUUUGUUUCGUUACGAUUUUUCUGUUAUUUUUUCCGUAGGUGUGAGCGGCAAAUCUGCGGCAUCUGCAGCCUAGCGAACCCCCUCCCCCCUCCCGGGACUCGGCCAACAUCUCUCCCUUCCCCGCUGGUGUCCCGGCCGGACAAUUUGAGGCCGCUUUUCCCAACUGUAUCUUCGGAGUAUGGAGCCCUCUUCAAAGCGACGCAGGCUAGCCCCUAAGGUUCCCGAGCCUCCGGCCGUGCCUGCGCUUCCUCCAACACCACAGACCCAGCCACAACCUCCUCCGCAUGCUUUUCCCCAAGAUCAGGUACCACCCCAGCACUACCCUCACGCUGAAGCUGUUUCACGACUGCCGGAAUGCGACGAGUUCGAAGCAUUCGCCCGCCAUCUUCAAGAUGCCGCCAUACACAUCCAACAGCAGACCCUUCGACCCAAGCAUACCAGUGUCUCGGUGUUAAUGUUGCGCUGGGAGGAGGAUACAUCAGUCGAGCCGGACUUGCUCGCCCUGGAGCAGGUGUUUCGUGAGCGAUACCACUACCACACCGACAAAUGGGCCAUCCCUACUGUUCCGAAUCCAAGCGUCAAGCUCGGCGUCCGGAUGGCUUCCUUCCUCGACAACGCCCGGCCGGACCAUCUCCUCAUCAUAUACUAUGCCGGCCAUGGGUAUGUCGGUCCCGACAACCAGCUGUAUUGGGCCUGCAACUCGCGCGAUGACGCCGCCAAGUUGAAGUGGGAUGGCGUACGUUGCUUGUUCGAGGACGCCCAGUCUGAGAUAUUGCUCCUGAUCGACUCCUGCGCUGUCCGCGAUACGCCGGUGGCCGGCAGUCACGGCGCGAAGCAAGCAAUUGCUGCUUAUACCCCCGACCAGAGCUCGCUAGGAUCUGGACCCAGCUCCUUCACGGCCACGUUAUCCGAGACGCUUCAGAAACUGAGCACUUCAGGUCGGCCCUUCAGCGUACAGAAACUCUACGACGAUUUACGGCAACAGGGGCAACAGGAGAGCACACACGCACUCGCCAGGCAGCCCAAUGGACCUUCCAAGCCGAACGCCACGCCCGAGAGGUCGCCAGCUUUCUUUACUCUGACCCCUGCAAAGGGCCAGGGGAUAAUCUUGGUUCCCCUCGACCCAAAGGCGGCCCAGCUCCAGUCACCGCCCCACUCUGCGGAUGCCGACGUUCAAAGUACCUGGACAUCGAAGCCCGAGGAUCAUCCUCUCAGUCCAGAAGAGGUCCUCGACCUGACGUUAGACGAACGGAGGGUGUUGGUAUGCACGACGUUUGUGGGUGACGCCAGCCCUGACAUGGCCUUCUUCAACCAAUGGCUUCACAACAUCCCGGGCACCGCGUCAAAUAUUACGGUAGAGGGCAUGUUCCUCGGCCCUCCCACGAUGUUGCUGAUCUCCAUGCCGCUCAAUGUCUGGAACAUUGUUCAGCACGACAAGGUCUGCUGCUUUCUUGGUUAUAUUAACUCGCACAACAUGAUACACCUAUACCAGCGACUUGUCAACUCGCAUCCGCGUGGCUUACCGGGCCUCAGAGACGGGGAAGACGGCUGUACCCUGAAACGCAGCCCGUCUAUACAUCGGAGCGAAGUCCUCGGCCACUAUCCGCCUAUUCAGAAGGAGACACCCCGACGCCAGGGGAGCCAUCUGGCUCAGGCGGUGGUGGCAUCGAUGCCUGCAAUACCUCCUCAGACUAGUCCCGGGCAGACACCUCCCGUUGGUCCCAAGGAUGAAGUGGAGGAUUCGGCAGAAAUGCAAGAGGCAGCGGAACAACUCAAGGCCCUGAGCCACGUCCGACACAUUGGCGAUGACACCGCGCCAACGCUCGAUCGACAAGCUACACGGGUAGGAGACAGCAUCGCCGUCCGACACGCCGGUGACCCCGGUUCUCCCACCAACGGCGCCGUGCCAGGGGCCGAGAGGACCCUGUUCGACGCCGAAUACAGCACUCCAGCCGCCAAGCCGAAAGUCAGGAAACCGCUCCAGAAGCAGGCCCCGAAACAAGAAGUGCGGUGCGACCAUUGCAGCCAUGCGCCCUUCAAAGAUUCCUCAUCCCUCCGUAAGCAUGUCGCUGCCGCCCACACGAGACCCUUCCCUUGCGCAUUUUCGUUUGCGGGCUGCACGAGCACAUUUGGGUCUAAAAACGAGUGGAAGCGACACAUUUCCUCGCAGCACUUGUGUCUGCAGUAUUAUCGAUGUUCGUCAUGUCCACAGAGCAGCGCCGACGGCAAGGGCAACGAAUUCAAUCGCAAGGACCUGUUCACGCAGCAUCUUCGCCGCAUGCAUGCGCCAUUUGCGAUUAAAAAGGCUUUAUCCAAGGGGGACAACAAGCUACAGGUCGAAUGGGAUACCCAUGUCAAGGACAUGCAGACGACAUGCCUCGUCACUCGGAGACAGCCACCUCAACGGUCAGCCUGCCCUAAGCCGGACUGCCAGAGCGUCUUUGAGGGACCCGGGUCCUGGGAUGAGUGGACGGAGCAUGUCGGACGGCAUAUGGAAAAAGGGGAAGCCCACCGUAUGGGGGUUGACCAGCUGUUGGCGAAGUGGGCGCUGGAUGAAUCCAUCAUUGAGGACCAUGGAGAUGGUGAGUACAGGCUCUGUGGUGGGAACGGGUUAGGCGUGGGCGAGAACCACACAAGCAAUAACGGCAAAACGACUUUGGAUGGCGCAGGGAAAACAGAUGAGGACGACAACCCAUCCAUCACGGUUGCAAUACCAGUUCCGAUGGCGAACAGGAUGGAUAUCGACUAAGACGAGGGGAGAAAGGGGACGAACGACGAAAUGAAGUUGAUUUUGGCGGCCAUCUUUCCCGGAAUAGGCAUUAUGACAUGGUUUACGAGGAAACUGGAGUUUGGGGGACCGGAUUGUCGUGAUCCAUCAAGCGCCAUGCUGCAUGAGGCGAGCGAGGGCAUUCCACGUACACAGUUGACAGUAGCGGCCAAAGCCGUUUUGUUUACAUGUAGAUUCAAUACAAUAAAAUAAAAGUAGACAAUGCA